AUGUCUCCUUCAACACACAGACUCUGUGCACAAGGUCGUGUCAAGAAGCAAAAGGCUCGCUCGAACUCACCUCGUGCCUUUGAGAUCCUGCCAGUCGAGUUACGGCAGUCAAUUGCGGGUUAUCUCGACGACAAAUCCAUCAUAUCUUAUCGACUCACCUGCACAUCGACAAAGCACGCCCUUGAUGAAGAUGAAGGAUCCUUCUGGCGCAGUCGUUUCCUUGAUACCUUCGAUCCUCCUCAAAGCAUUCCUAUCGGCGAACGCUCGGUCGUCAACGAGUGGUUCAAGAAGCAAUACCAGUGCCGCAGAAGCAUCGAACAUCAAAGGUUCAGCUUCCAAGUUGGAAACAGUCAGAACGAACUGGCAAGCCUAUCGCUGAUGAGAGACUUGAUCAAUGAGUCGUUCAACGUCAACCCUUGGCGACCCAACAAGCAAGUCACCCAUUCUCGUAACAUGGACCGCCUCGAAGCAAUUGUCAAGGCUACAGGCUUGCUCGAGUGUGUCUUCCGCCGCUCCAAUGUCAAGGGCAGGAAAUCGAUACCCAAUCCAGUCUUGCUCACCAUACAGCUCAUCCUCACUCACCUCACCUUAACUGCUUCGCCUGCUUCGAAAAUCGCCAAGUCAUGGGGCUUCUCAGACUCACAGACCCUGGUGUAUACUCAGAACUCGGUACGACCCAUGUUUAAAGGUCCCAACUGUCAGGAGAUUGACAUCGAGUGGACACUGCAUGUCGCAAAUUUCUUCAAGAACCAUUUGCUUAAUCAACACGAACUGACUCACCUCCGCUACGAUGAUUUGACUGCAUCAGAACGUCCACAGUGCUGGAAGAAACCUGUGUCGCCCGCCGUUCUGAAACUCGGCAAACACUGGAAGGGCAGCUAUGCCUAUGUCGACCACGACGAACUCAUCCACAUACGCGACGGGCAAAACGAGGACUAUCCAAUUCCGGACCAUAUGAGUGGCGACGACACCGAUCAAUCUUUCCAAAAUCUCUGCCUCGAUUUUCCCGGGGACCCAGAAUCUUGGCCUGCCCUCUUUGAAAAGAUCCUCAAGUCCCGUACCAAAGUUCAGUACAGCACAGCGACCACGAGAGCUCAAAGACGAGCCACUGGUCCCGGAGUCUUAACACCCGGCAAACCAGUAUCUUUUUGCUUCAAGGGCGUAGGUGAAGAUGGCAACGACAGCUUCUUGGCAUCUGGUUACUUCAACCCUCUGCCACCCCAACACGGAGUACCCGGAUGGCAUCGCAUGACCAUGAUGAAGUAUUGGCGAGAUGUGAAUGGUGACAUGGAUCCCAGCUCGCUGUGGGCCUAUGAAGGCGUCGUCCUGCCUGGAGGCAUGAUCAUGCUCGGACGCUGGUGGCAUCCCACUGGCGAUGAUGCAGAGUACUCGGGUCCUUUCAUCUUCUGGAACGUCGACGCCAGCAUGCCUGUCGGUGGCGAAGCAACUCCUGCCACUGACUGA